CAAAAUACAAACAUUAGUUGUCUAAUAGGAAUUAUUAGUAGAGGUAUUUUGGAAAUUUUAUGAUUUUUCCUUUAUCGUAAUCGAAAAUAUGCCAUUUUUUGGUAAUAAAUUCUCUCCUAAAAAAAUACUACAACGGAAAUCAAACGCGGAAACGUCGAAAGAAGCAUUAACAGAUCAAAGAAAGAUUAAUUUAAAAUUAGGAGAAAACCAAUUCAUCUUCGAAAACGGCGUUUGGAUUCCAGUAAAUGGUCAAAACAGUGAGUCAUAUUUAUCAAAACAAAAACUUGAAAAAACAGUUCAAGAUUUGGAAGAAAAAAACUAUUUAUUGAGAUUAAAAUACGAAAUGAUAUUGAUAAUGUUUACACAAGUAGCGGCUAAAAAUGGCGUUAACCCAUUAGAACUUGAAAAAUUUAUAAGAAAAACAAAAAUAACUUUUUAAAACGUUAAGAAACAAUUUCCACAAUUUAAACCAUAUCUGAGGUCACACAAUACUGUUAAAAACAAAAUUUAACAGCCUUCGGACGAGUUUUUAGUGAUUAAAUGAGUGUAAAUUUUGAAAAUAGUUGAUAAUUUUUGCUCUAAUUCAUUUUUUGUUCAAAUUCACACAUUUUUUCGUGUAAAAAUCGAUUUAUUUCUUAACAAAAAUUACUUUUUUGUAAUAAGGGUCAAGAAAUAACGACACGAUUAAAAAAUUAAAAUAUAUUUAUUCAAAAAA